AUGGCUCACUCUAAAGCUCGAGCCGCAGACGGGAAGGUGACCUACCCUCCGGGGGUCAAGGAGAUCUCCGACAAGAUCUCCAAAGAAGAGAUGGUCCGUCGGCUCAAGAUGGUGGUGAAGACCUUCAUGGACAUGGACCAGGACUCUGAGGAGGAGAAGGAGCUGUAUCUGAACCUGGCGCUGCACUUGGCCUCAGACUUCUUCCUCAAACACCCAGACAAAGACGUGCGUUUGCUGGUGGCCUGCUGUCUGGCCGACAUCUUCAGGAUCUACGCCCCCGAGGCUCCGUACACUUCUCCUGAUAAACUCAAGGAUAUUUUCAUGUUCAUCACGCGACAGCUGAAGGGACUGGAGGACACCAAGAGCGCACAGUUCAACCGAUACUUUUACCUUCUGGAGAACAUCGCCUGGGUGAAGUCUUACAACAUCUGCUUUGAGCUCGAAGACAGCAACGAGAUCUUCACUCAGCUUUACCGCACACUCUUCCAGGUCAUCAACAACGGCCACAACCAGAAGGUGCACAUGCACAUGGUGGACCUGAUGAGCUCCAUCAUCUGUGAAGGCGACACCGUGUCCCAGGAGCUGCUCGACACAGUCCUGGUCAACCUGGUUCCUGCCCACAAGAAUCUCAAUAAACAAGCGUACGACCUGGCCAAGGCUCUGCUGAAGAGGACCGCCCAGGCCAUCGAGCCGUACAUCACCAAUUUUUUUAACCAGGUGCUGAUGCUGGGGAAGACGUCUGUGUCCGAUCUGUCCGAGCACGUUUUCGACCUCAUUCUGGAGCUGUACAACAUCGACAGUCACCUGCUGCUGUCGGUGCUGCCGCAACUCGAGUUCAAACUCAAGAGUAACGACAAUGACGAGCGGCUGCAGGUGGUGAAGCUUUUGGCCAAAAUGUUCGGAGCCAAAGACUCGGAGCUGGCCGCUCAGAACAAGCCUCUGUGGCAGUGUUACCUCGGCCGCUUUAAUGACAUCCACGUUCCCAUUCGACUGGAGUGUGUGAAGUUUGCCAGUCACUGCCUCAUGAACCACCCGGAUCUGGCCAAAGACCUCACAGAAUUCCUCAAGGUCCGGUCACAUGACCCGGAGGAGGCCAUCCGCCACGACGUCAUCGUCUCGAUCGUGACCGCGGCCAAAAAGGACCUGUCUCUGGUCAACGACGCUCUGCUCAACUUCGUCAAGGAGAGGACUCUGGACAAGAGGUGGCGCGUUCGUAAAGAGGCCAUGAUGGGGCUGGCGUCUAUCUACAGGAAGUACUCUCUGAACGGAGAGGGAGGCAGAGAGGCGUCCAAACAGAUCUCCUGGAUCAAAGACAAACUGCUGCACAUUUACUACCAGAACAGCAUCGACGACAGGUUAUUGGUGGAGCGUGUGUUUGCACAGUACAUGGUUCCUCACAACCUGGAGACGACAGAAAGAAUGAAGUGUCUCUAUUACCUUUACGCCACUCUGGACACCAACGCAGUAAAAGCUUUGAAUGAAAUGUGGAAAUGCCAGAAUAUGCUCCGGCACCAUGUGAAGGACCUGCUCGACCUGGUCAAAAAACCCAAGAAUGAAGCAUCGAGCAAAGCCGUUUUUGCCAAAGUCAUGGUCAUCACACGGAACUUGCCAGACCCGGGGAAAGCCCAGGACUUUGUGAAGAAAUUGGCUCAGGUUUUGGAAGAUGACGAGCGAAUCAGAGACCAGCUGGAGACACUGGUCAGUCCCUCCUGCUCCUGCAAACAGGCCGAAGUCUGCGUGAAAGACAUCACCAAAAAACUGGGCAGCCCCAAACAACCCAGCAACCCGUUCUUAGAGAUGGUGAAGUUCCUGUUGGAGAGAAUCGCUCCAGUUCACAUCGACACAGAAUCUAUAAGUGCGUUGAUAAAACAGGUGAACAAGUCCAUAGAGGGAACAGCUGACGAUGAAGAGGAGGGGGUUCCCACGGAGGAGGCCAUCAGAGCCGGACUAGAACUGCUCAAGGUUCUGUCCUUCACUCACCCGGUCUCCUUCCACUCCGCCGAGACGUUCGAGUCGCUUUUGGGAUGUUUGAAAAUGGACGACGAGAAAGUGGCCGAAGCCGCGCUGCAGAUCUUCAAGAACACGGGCAGCAAGAUGGAGGAGAGCUUCCCCCACAUCAAAUCUGUUCUGCUGCCAGUACUGCAGUCCAAGGCAAAGCGUGGAUCCCCGCGUCAGGCCAAGUAUGCCAUCCACUGCAUCAACGCCAUGUUCACCAACAGAGACACGCACUUCGCACAGAUCUUUGAGCCGCUUCACAAAGGCCUGGACCCCGCGAACCUGGAGCAGCUGAUCACGCCCCUCACCACUCUGGGGCACCUGGCUCAGCUCGCCCCGGAGCAGUUCGCCGCUCCCCUCAAGUCUCUGGUGGCUAAUUUCAUCGUGAAGGACCUGCUCAUGAACGACAGGAUUCCAGGCAAAAAGACGACCAAACUGUGGGUUCCUGACGAUGAAGUAUCUGCGGAGACUCAAGCCAAAAUCCAGGGCAUAAAGCUGAUGGUGCGGUGGUUACUGGGAGUGAAGAACAACCAGAGUAAGUCUGGAAACUCCACUCUGAGGAUGCUCACCGCCAUCCUGCACAGUGACGGAGACCUGACGGAGCAGGGCCGCAUGGGCAAACCGGACAUGUCUCGGCUCCGACUGGCUGCAGCCUGCGCUCUGCUGAAACUGGCCCAGGAGCCGUGUUACCAUGAGAUCAUCACUCUGGAGCAGUACCAGCUCUGUGCCCUCGUCAUCAAUGAUGAAUGUUACCAGGUGCGACAGUGUUUUGCCCAGAAGCUGCACCGGGGGCUGUGUCGUCUGCGUCUGCCUCUCGAGUACAUGGCCAUCUUCGCCCUCUGUGCCAAAGAUCCCGUGAAGGAGAGGAGAGCACACGCGCGACAAUGUCUGGUCAAAAACGUCAACAUCCGGCGAGAGUAUCUGAAACAGCACGCCGCCAUCAGUGACAAGUUGUUUUCUCUGCUGCCGGAGUACGUCGUCCCUUACACCAUCCACCUCUUGGCUCACGACCCGGAUUAUGUGAAAGUGUCCGACAUCGAGCAGCUCAAAGAAAUUAAAGAGGCUCUGUGGUUUGUGUUGGAGAUCAUUAUGGCCAAAAACGAGAACAACAGUCAUGCUUUCAUCCGAAAGAUGGUAGAAAACAUGAAGCAGACGAAGGACGCACAGCUGCCCACGGACGCCAAAACGAACGAGAAACUCUACACAGUCUGUGACGUCGCCAUGAACAUAGUGAUGUCGAAGAGCACCACCUACAGUCUGGAGUCGCCCAAAGACCCUGUGCUCCCCUCGCGCUUCUUCACCAAACCAGAUAAGAAUUUCAACAACACAAAAAACUACCUUCCUCCAGAAAUGAAGUCCUUCUUUACGCCCGGAAAGCCAAAAUCGGCAAAUGUUUUGGGAGCAGUGAACAAGCCUUUAGCGUCUGCGGGAAAACAGACCGGGAAAGGCUCUCGGACAGAGACCGCAAGCAACGAUGGAGACUCCUCGAACCCAGGGUCUCCGAACCGCGGGAAAUCCAGACUGGACAGCACUGAAAAUGACCACAGUGAAAAUGAAGACUACACCCUCAGCACUGACAAGGACCUGGAGAAGCCUCGCGGUCGUAAACGAGGCGUGGCCCCCAGUGACGACAGUGACAGCAAACCCAAACGCGGGCGCAAGAAGGUCAUCGCCGUGACUACCGAGCCAGAAGACCUCUGGGGGGACGAGGACCGACCGGAGGACGAGCAGAACAGUCCGCCCAAGAAGCGCAGAGGUCGGCCCCCCAAGAACCCCGCAGCCAAUCAGGACGCUGCGCCCAAGGGCAAGAGAGGCAGGAAGAAGGCAGCCCCGCCCCCUGAGGAAGAGGAAGAGGAGGACGAGGAGGAGGAGGAAGAGCAGCAGCAGGAGGAGGAGGUGGAGGAGGAAGAGGAGGAGGAGCGGAGCAGUGAUGUGGAGGUGAAGAGCAGAGGCAGACCAGCCAGAGGAGCCAAGAAGGCAGCAGGGUCGGAUUCCGCAGAGUCCACGCCACAGAAGAGAAGAGGGCGACCUCCGAAGUCUGCACAGCCGGCGGCAAAGAAACCAGCACGUGGUCGGAAAGCAGCCGCUAAAGACGACUCUGAGGAAGAGGAGGAGGAAGAUGAAGAGGAGCAGGAAGACGAGCCAACGCCGAAGGGUCGUAAGAAGGCGGUCGGUCGGAGGAGAUGA